UCUAACACUUAACUGUAAUCUUCUCUUUCUGUGCCGUCUCCAACUCCAUUCUGAAGAGAGCAGAGAUCGAGGGAAAAUGGAGAAAGGGAAGGGAAGAAAGGAGGAGAUCGUUACCAGGGAGUACACCAUCAAUCUCCACAGGCGCCUCCACAGCUGCACAUUCAAGAAGAAGGCACCCAAUGCGAUCAAAGAGAUCAGGAAGUUUGCAUUGAAAGCAAUGGGAACCAAGGACGUCAGAGUAGAUGUCAAGCUGAACAAGCAGAUUUGGAGCAGAGGUAUCCGUGGUCCUCCUAGGAGAGUCAGAGUCCGCGUUGCCCGUAAGAGGAACGAUGAUGAGGAUGCCAAGGAGGAGUUUUACUCUCUCGUCACUGUCGCUGAGAUUCCGGCCGAAGGAUUGUCUGGUUUGGGCACCAAGGUCAUCGAUGAAGACGAGUGAAACUCACAUAUUGUUGCAGCUUUUUGGGUUGUUUUGAUUACUUAACCAUUUGGGCAAACCUAUUUCGUAUCUUUGAAAGUUGAGAGCUAAGAGUUUUAUCUAUUUGGUAACGUUCUUUACUUGGCAAUCAUUUUUGUGAGU